AAAAAAACAGAUAUUUUGGUUUUCCAGAAUGAAGACUCCUGUCUCUUUAGGGUUUUCUGUUCCCAAUUCUCCUUCAGUUCACUCUAGCUUCAACCACCACCGUUGACGGCCAUGGGCUUAGCAGCCACCCCGUUCCUUCUGUUUUGCUUCAGUUCAUCUCUCAAGAAAGUAGAAGAAAUGGGGAGAAAUUGUCAUCAUAUGCCAGAAGAGAUAGUGGAGAAUAUCUUGUUAAGAUUGCCUGUUAAAUCUCUGUUACGCUUCAAAUGCGUUUGUAAAUCGUGGUACGCUCUCAUCAGCGAUGAUCGUUUUGCGGACAACCACCUCCACUUUAACAAGAAAAUUAGCCCAUCUUCCACAUCAUUGUUUUUGACUUAUGAUGAUUUUCCAACUCUCCAAAGUGUUUUGAUUACCAUCUCUAAUGAGGAUGAGGAUGAUUCGUUUCCUUGUGUUGUUGAGGAUCUCAAUUUAUCACAUAUUUGGGGAAGAGAGGAUACAGGAAUUGUGACGGCUUCUCAUUGCAACGGCAUCAUUUCGCUAACUUUUUCAUACGACACAACAACAACUGUCUUCUAUAAUCCAGCAAUCAGAGACUUCAAGUUUCUUCCUAGACGACCACUUCCUGAUGGAUUUAGAGCUAGAACUGCUGGGUUUGGAUACGACUCCGAAGCUAAUGAUUAUAAGUUCGUCAGGAUUUUAGAUUCUGCAAAGUCGGAAUGCAGGAUUUUAGAUUCUGCAAAGUCGGAAUGCAUUGCCGAGGUGUACACUCUUGGUUCUGAUUGUUGGAAACAGAUUAAUGUCAAUAUAGAGCCUCAUUUUGGAUGGAACCUUUGGAAAUUGGGAGUGUUCUGCAAAGGAGUUUAUUUUUGGUGGAUGCAAGGGGAGCACGAGGAUACAAUCCUUUCUUUUGACAUGUCUACUGAUGAGUUUCAUUACAUUCCAUUACCAGAUUAUCUGCAAUGGGAAGAUGACCCUCUUUCUCUAAAUUUUAUGGUGUGGAAUGAAUCUUUAGCCGUACUUUCCUUUCCUUAUCUAGAUUGGGAGUAUGUUGAAUUUUGGGUUAUAGAUAGCGACUUUAGUGGUGCUGAAGGUCCUUCUUGGACUAAACAUCUGACUAUACGGCAUGGCCCCUUUGCAGCGGUUGAAGAUCCGAUAAUAUUUUGGAAGAGUGAUGAGCUUCUCUUUCGCACUGCGGAUGAAAAGCUAGUGUCUUACAACCUUGGUACCGAAAACAUUAGGAACCUUCCUAUUCAUGGGAGGAUACCAGGAGACUGCUAUGGUCACUUCUAUAUGCAGAGUUUGAUUCCAGUCAACGGUGGAAACUAACUCUACUUGGUAUUGGUUACGCCUGAUAUCCGCCUUGUCAAUCAGCCUAGGUGAAAAAAGAUGCAUCAGAUAAGAAUCUCAUUUGAAAGGCAAUAUCUAGUUUUACCCCAUAACAAGAAAAUUUUAUUUUAUUUUAAUGCUUUAACAUGUAGCCUGUGGUUGACCUGGAGAUGGAAUAUAAGCUAAUACCACAUAUAGACUUUGUUUUCUGUUAUUGUCAUUUCUAACAUCACAUGAUCAU